UCUAAUUCUUCCCUUCUGGCACUGCAGCAUAUCUUGGUUUUGCUACACUACUAUCAUCGGGACCAACUGCAAGAGGUGUGGUUCAUGCUCAUGGCGGCAACAGCUGCUUCCAGCGUGAGACUUUCCACCACAGGGGCGGUCUCCACGAAGGCACAACUCCCCAGGCCGCAGCGGCCUCAUGCGAGGCUCCUCCCGCUUCUCGGUGGCCGGCGCCGCGCGGUGCUCGCCGCGAGCGCCCCGUCGACUCCGCCCGACAUCUCCGACAAGGUAUCGGAGAGCAUCAAGAAGGCGGAGGAUGCGUGCUCGGGCGACGCGGUGAGCGGGGAGUGCGCGGCCGCGUGGGACGAGGUGGAGGAGCUCAGCGCGGCGGCCAGCCACGCCCGGGACAAGCUCAAGGCCAACUCCGACCCCCUCGAGAACUACUGCAAGGACAACCCCGAGACCGACGAGUGCCGCACCUACGACAACUGAAGGCCCGAGACAAGCAUGCAGAAGCGAUUGCAUGCACUGUUCGACUGCAGAGUGCAUGCAGAAAUAGUGUAUUAUCUCUAUACACUUACUUGCAUGUUUGUUUAAUGAUUAAGAUAAAUUGGUGUUCUUAUCUAUUGGAGAAACAUCGAUCAAUCAUCUUUGUGGGAAUCGAUAGGGUAUUUUCCACACACAAUAUAUUGUGUUUUCUGUCUUCACCAGAUCUAACGAUGUUCAGGCUUCCUAGAUAAUCGAUACAAGCUUAGAUUUGCUUGUUAAUUGAUCAA